AUGGUGCGGCGAGGCCCACCCAAGCGGGCGGCGAAGAAGCCACCGAAAAAGUUGCCUGAUGCUUCUGGUGCAGAGGCGGAGGUCGAAGGCGCAGAGGAGGAAGCCUUGGAGAGCCCCGGAGCGGGAGUGGACGAAGAGGCAGAGGCCUUGCCAGGAAGCCCUGCAGAGGAGCAGGAGGUGCCGCAUGAAGCGGAGUCUGCCGAGGUUACAGUGCAACCUGCGCUGCCGGUCCACCUCGAAGUUCCGUCGGACGGAGCGGCCACGACCGGUGUGACUGACGAUGAAGCCAUUCGCGCAGCCCAGCGGCAGCGUAAACAGUCUUCGUACCUGGCACGCCGCCAGUUCGUUGCCGAGGAGCCACUGAGCUUCAGACGCAGCGGCUAUGCAGCGCAGCAGCCCAACAGGACCACGGUGUCCUAUGCCGCGCAGCGUGGGCGGGAGCAGCUGGCAUCGUCCACAGGCGACCCAGCCUCCCCUUCGGCUGGUCGCGUCGCAUCACCGGGCCUGCGGUGGCGACGGCUAAAGAGUGCCUUUCGAGCCCAGCGUGCGUUGCGGGAGGAGGGUCACACGGCCACGGCGCCCCAAGCUGCGAACCCGGCGAAUGCCCUCUCGGCCGACGAGCAGUGA